UCGGGUUCUUCAACAACAACACCAUUAUGUCAAGAUUUGUACUCGCUUUCGUACUAUUUCAAAUCGUUUUGAUUAAAGAAAUACAACCAUGUGCUCUCCCAGCUGCACCUGCCUUAGGCUGUGGGCUUCCUGCACUUCCAGCUCUUUCAGCCCUUUCAGCCCUUCCAGCCCUUCCAGCCCUUCCAGCCCUUCCAGCCCUUCCAGCUGCUCCAGCUUGUGCUCCAUCCCAACUACCACUACUCACUAUACUCCCAUUGCCAUUACCACUACCAUUGCCUGCAGCACCUGCUUUGCCACCACCAUGUACUUUACCAGCAACUAAUAAUAUUUUACCCAUGAAGUUGGCUCUUCCUCCUCUGGCUGGAUGUGGGGUGUUGCCUCCCCCACCUUGCGUCUGUUGACGAACUCAAGAAGUUGCCAUCAACAUUGAACAUGUUUAAAUAAAGUUAAAAAAUAAAAAAUUAAAUAAAAAUGUAUGAUGGUGUAUGAGAUUUUAACAUUAAUAAAUGGUUUAGAA